UAUUUUCAGGUGACUUGUAAACAUUUGAUAACUAUAUAACCCAAGAAAUUAAAUACCAAUGGUAUACACAAAUAAAAGGUGUAAUUCAUUACAUUCUACAAACGCUUGCCGCGCUCAGCUACCGGGACGAUAUGAGUAGUGUAAGCUCAGCCAUGCCCGCUAGAAAAGGCAUCCUGGGGACCCCUCUGUCCCUCAGACAAAGCGAUGACAAGUUGUCUGCCGUCACCAGCAGCCGGGACUUCGAGAAGCUGCGUCCCCAGGGCGAGGAGAAAAAUCCUGUCCCUUUCGUGCAUGAGGAUGGAUUUUCGGAUAUUGUGUUGGUCGUGGAAGGGAAACGUCUCUACACGUCUCGGAGUUUGCUGUGCAUGUCUUCCCCCGUGCUCGCCAGGAUGUUGGCGUCCCCGGAACAGAAGGACCAGCGGGAAUUCCCCCUGCAGGGAAAGUCCUACGACACCAUCCACGAGCUCCUGUACAUCCUACAUCCAGCCUACCAACGAAAGGUCACAGAUCAAACAGCUUUCCAAAUACUACCUAUAGCAGAGGAGUAUCAGAUAUGGAAUCUGAAGCAGCGAUGUGAGGAGAUUCUUCUCAACUCAUUAAAUAUGGAGAAGUCUGUCAAAGAUGACCAGUUACUUCGUUGUCUUCAGAUAUCUGACACUUACAAGCUUUUUGCACUUUGGACAAAAUGUUUACAGCUUUGUGCCAAACCAAAUGUUAACCUCGCAACACUGCAGCGCAACCCAGAGUAUGAGCACAUAUCAAGGUUCCUGAAAAGCAUGCUAGAGGCCUUUAAAACUGGCGUUAGUGAAACGCAUCGGUCACACAAUGACGGUAGUCACGUGGUUGUUCCCAGACGUGGGAGCACAACGCUGAUUGAUGAAACAAACGUUCGAAAGACCUUUGUUACUAGUCACACCCAGACAAAAUUUUAAAAUGAUUGAAAAACUGUCUAGUCAUUCAUCAUAUUCGUAGUAUGGAAUUCAGUUCGCCUUUCAUACACUCCAAGUGUUGGAAAGAAUAGACGCAUCGGACAGGUUGACAUAUGAACAUUAGGUCUUCAAUGGAAGAUUUUAUAGGACUGUAAGCCAUGGAAUAUAUUGUGCAAACAUCCAAUAUAAUCUCGGUACUUGUUUCAAACACCAUCACUGAUCUGUUAAAAUCCAGAUUUUAAGUCAGGCACAUUCUUGCAAAGUAUAUUUGGGGUCCGUAUUGUUUGUUGUAACUAAAGUAUGAACUGAGAAUAUCCAUGAUUUUAUAUACACAUUUUAUUGUAAUAAAUCAUAUCACAAUUA